CAACACUUUUGCCUUUAGAUUCAUUCACUUGGACAGUAUGGGAUAGACACGUGCCAUGCUGCUCUCCAUACUCGGCCUUGCUCGAAGCCAAUUACGCGCCUGGUAUCGUACGGCCAGUUUGCACUGGGGAAAAUUGACUGGAUUGAUCGCAUUCCUCCUACUACUGGAAGUCGGACUCCACGUACGGCAUCAUGCUAUUGAGCGCCCGGCCGAGGCCCUGGAUGGGCCAUUCUACACAGGCUGUCAAGAUCCCGUGCUAAAUACUACAGCUCGUGCAUCUGCCGUGUUGGUAAUGCUCGCCCGGAAUUUCGAAGUCCAUGGAGCCAUGGCCAGCGUACGAAGCGUUCAAGAACAAUUCAAUGAUCACUUCGGCUAUCCUUGGGUCUUUCUGAAUGAUGUGGAAUGGAGCGAUGAGUUCAAGGAGAACGUCGCUCAUGCUGUGGGCGAGGGAAUCGAUGUGAGGUUUGAACAAAUUCCGAAGGACAUGUGGGGAUACCCGGAGUGGAUUGAUCAAGAGAAGGCGAGGUCUAAGAUGCACACCAUGGAACAGCAGGGUAUCCAAUAUGGUGGCUCAGAGAGCUAUCGCCACAUGUGCCGUUUUCAAUCAGGCUUCUUCUUCGAUCAUCCGGCUUUGCUCCGAUACAAAUACUACUGGCGAGUGGAACCUGACAUCCGCUUCACCUGUGCCCUGACCUACGAUCCCUUCGUCGCCAUGCAGACCCACAAGAAGAAAUAUGGCUACAAUAUGGCGCUGUGGGAACGUGGGCAGACAGUGGCUUCCCUUUUCCGCAGGCUCUCCGACUACAAAGUCAACCAGGGCAUCUGGACGACUCCGUUGUGGGUGGCAAUGAUUGACGCAUCGUAUGUACCAUGGCCGUUCCGUUGGAUACUCGCAUGGCUCCGGAAUCGAGACGGCAAAGGAGACUUGUGGAACAUGUGUCACUUCUGGAGCAAUUUUGAAAUCGCGGAUAUGGAUUUCUUCCGCUCCGAUGCAUAUCGCAAACUGUUCGAAUACCUAGACAGGGACGGUGGCUUCUACUAUGAGAGAUGGGGCGAUGCAGCGGUACAUUCACUCGCUGCUGCUAUGUUGCUCGAACCUCGAGAAUUGCACCACUUUUCAGAUCUGGGCUACAUACAUGAUGGGUUGCAGUAUUGUACCUUCCAGAGCACGCCAGAUGAGAAGCAAAGGGGUUUCGCAGUGCCACCAGAUAUCAGAGGAAUGGGCAUAAGCAAGAUCGAAGGCAGAGCAGAGGUUGGGUGCCGAUGUAGUUGCGAUUCAUCAGUGAGGAUAGUUGAGCCAGUCUGCCUCAAUAGAAUUGGUCUCGCUAUGCAAUAGCAC